AGUUCGUUUGGAGUGGGAAGUGGCAAAUCCAAAAGCAAAGCCAUCAUCCCUUCUCGUGCUCGCUCUUGCGUCUUCAUUCUUCUCUUCAAUUGGAUUAUUCCUUCCUUCCUUCCUUCCACAUCUUCUUGGUAUCUGAAUCAGGCUUUCAAGUUUCUAUACCGGUGAGUAGUGAAGGAAAGAAUGUCCAAGAAGAAGGGCAACGGCAAUACUAUGACACUCAAGGACUUCCAUGGCGGUUCUAUUCCUUCUGAUCUUCCUCUACCUUCUGCUCCCGGCCUAUCUAUGGCUCCGAUUAUGUCGACCUUCAUCGCGGGUAAUCCCAUUGGUCCGUCCGAUCAUGGCUCCUUGCCGCACAACUCCUCACUAUCUAGGCAUUACGAUGACAAGACCCCAUUUCUCACCCACACUGCUCCAAUUGGUAGUAAUUUUGAUGAGGACGAGCGUAAACCGCUAGGUGGCACCUCAGGUUCAGCUCCCCGUAGAACUAUUAGUGGUGAAAGUAUUUGGGGCCCGCCUUCUCGCGUUGAGGUGAAGUCCGGGCGAGGGGAUUCAUUAGGCCCCAAGGUGCCUUCCAGCUCUCAAUAUCAAGUUGGGAAAGGAAAUUCAUACUCUGCAAGGCUGACUGAAGCAAGUCAUGUCGGGGUGAAUUCUCAGAAUUUAAGAGGUAGUAGGGACCAGGGAACCAAUGGGGCUUCCCCAAACGUAUGGGCAAUGAGAAAGGAUGUGGCCAGUACUGUUGAGCCAGAUCACUCUGCUUGUUCCGGUCCUAACGCUGUUUCCAAGUUGUCUCAUGCAAGUGCCAUUGACAAGGUGUCUUCCGGUAGAUGGCUGUCAAAGAAAGUUCAAAGUCAGAUGGAUUUUGAGAUUGGUACAUCCUCUGAAGCAGAGAGUAGGCCAACCAAUGUUAAUGGCAAUAGGAGCCACAAUAGGAUAGACACAGUAGAUGAGAAGGGAUAUCCUGAUGUGUUGUUGGCGAGACCUGCUGAAAGGAGAUUGGCUAUUGAUGACCAGAUUCGUGGUCAUAGAAAUGAUUUACUGGAGCACGAAAGACAUGGGAUUUCCAAAUAUUCAGAAGUGCAAUCAAGGCAACACCAUACUGACGGGGUACAACCAGCUCUAAAUGAUGCUAGACUUCGGGAACCUGAGUUGCAACACUCAAUGGCAUCUGAACCAAGAGAGUGGCCCAAGUUGAAUUUAUUACCUAGGACAAAGCCACUAGAAAAUUCAGAACCUUCUGUUACUGAUAAUGUACAGUUAUAUUGCCAAGGUAGUGAUUCUAGCCAUGUUGAAAUUGUUAAUGAGGCACAUGGCCAUGCCAAUAUUGUGAAUCCUGACUCAGCUGGAACUGAAAGCAGAAUGGAGGAAAGACAGCGCCCAAAGCUGAAUUUGAAACCUCAGUCACAAUCCCUUGAAAAAUUGGAAGGAAACACUAGAUCAGACAGAUUUGAGAUUACCGAGUUUUUCUGUAGAAAACAUUUGCUUGCAUCUGUAGCACUAGCACCAUAUAUCCCAACAAAUGUGUCCAAAAAGCAUGUUCCAAGGUACCUGUUUGGUGAAAUUUUGUCCUGCUUCCAUUCAGCGGUACUGCUUGGUCCAAUCCUCCCACUCCAUGCUUUUGAAAAGGUUCCUAAAUUCUGGUUUCACCACUACCCUCCAUCGUUCUUCGUUCCUCAGCAUGUUUUAUCUUUUGGGUCUUUGUUUAAUGCUUUUCAUAAAUUUUUUUUCUCUGUUUGGGCUACAUAUUUCACACUUGUGGACAUAUUAUUAUGUAGCAUGAACUAUUUUCAGCAACUUUGGUUGAUUAAAUAUUCCACUAUUUCAUGCCUAAAUAAUGAAUUGACAAUGCAAAUGAUUCAGGAAUGCGUUAUUUGGGGUGCUCGACCUCGAGAACUGGUUUUAAAGGAGCGAUGGGUUGACGAUGCAAUUAACAAUUACGGUGCAGCUGAUGAGACAAAUAGGAUUGAGUAUGAUCGAGCCGAGAAGCUUUCUGAUCAUUCAAUGCAGACCUGCUAUAGUGAACUACCCGAAGAUGCUCAUCUUGAUCAACAGGCUGCAAGAAAACCUGAAAGGAGGGAUCAAUGGGUUGAUGCUGAGAGAACGCAGAGGAGGAAUUGGCACAGUGAUAAUCGGAGAAACAUGAGAGCAACUGACAGGCAGCAGAUCUCUGAUAGGAAACCUUCAUCUGAGAUGUGGCGUAAGCCUAUUGAGCAGACCGAUGCUACUGGUCUGCUGCAUGGUAAAGCUGCUUCGGCUGUUGAACUUGCUCAAGCUUUCUCUAGAUCCACGUCAGAACCAAAAAGUAACGAUAGAUCAUCAGGUCAAAGGGGGAAUACUGGGCGUUCACAGCAGACAUUUUCACGCCUACUUGGUCCAACCCCAAAGCCUCCUUCCAAUGGUUAUUAAAUAUUUUAGAGGUGAUAUAAAAGCACCAGGCAUAUGCAAGUUGUGAUUUGUUGUGGUUAUUUCCAUCUCUUCCAACUACAUGAAGGAGACAAUUGAAUAUGGGCAGCUUCUGAAACCACCAGAUGACAGGACCAGUUUGAUGAUCUGCAACUUGAUUUGAUUUGAUUUGAUUUUAUUUGUUCCCCCUGCUUUUCAUCUUUUGCUCACCUAACCAAUUGUAUGUUUCAUCUAUGAUGGAGAAGAUGGAGAGCUGCUGCCUGUCUAUAUCAGUAUUCAGGCCUUUUCUUUUCUUUUCUUCUCUUUUUGUACCAACACUAUUUUGGCCAUCGUAGCAGCAUGACUAGUGCGAAUGAUUUCUGUAUAGUUGAAGUUUCCUAACCUUGCAGUAAUCUUUGAAUGUGAAUAAUUGUUCACUUUUCGAUGAUA